AUGCUCCGCGCCCUCCCUCUCCUGCUGGCGCUCCCGCGAGCUGCCUCGAGCCUCUGCGUGACGCCGCUCCGCGCAUCACCAAAAUGGAUUGGUGCGCCUCUUCUGCGCCGCGCAGGCACCGCCACACUUUCCAUCGCCGAGCUUGAGCAGCGAGAGAGGGCGGGCGAGAUUGUGGCCGGCGUGGGCGAGGGCCGUGAGCUGCCGAGCCUCUCUGGGAUCAACACUCUGCCGGCGCCGCUCCAGGCCCUCACUGUCGUCGCGAUCUCGGCUGCCAUCGGCGGCCUCACCGUGGCGCUGGCCGGCCCUGUGUUUGAUGCCGCGAGAGGCAGCGGCCUGUGGCAGCUCUCUCGGCCGACGUGGCCGCUCCUCGGCUUCAUCUACCUCGCGGCCGGCGUUGCCCACUUCACCGAGGCGGAGGGCUUCGAGAACAUCACGCCUCCGAACGGUACCUGGGGCUUCUGGUACACGCCCUUCUCACCCAGGGCGAACGUCUACUGGACCGGCGUGGUCGAGAUCUUUGGCGGCGCGUGGAUGCUCUUCGGCGCCGGCGCGGCGCUCGCCGGCAUCGCGCUGCCCUCCUCCCUCGGCCCCGUCACCUCAGACGCAGCGCUGACUCUCUUCCUGCUCACCGUCCUCGUGACGCCCGCAAACCUGUACGCGCUCACGCACAACGCAAAGUUCCCGCUUUCCGUCGAGACGCCGGUGAUUGGCCACGCCGUGCGGCUGCUGUUCCAGCCGGUCCUCCUCGCGAUGUUCUGGGAGAUGGCGCAGCCCACCCUUUUCGACGCCAAGGCCAACCUCGGCCUGCUCUGA